UAAGCUCACAAAAAUCUCUCGCAUAACUGACGAUAGAAAUGUGGUGAGCGCGCGCGUCGUCUGGUCUUUGGGACCCAGUGGCAGACGGCGGAUCGGCCGGCCCCCCGCUGAGCUCCAGCCCUCUUUCUUUGUGUCCUUGCAGAAGAGGAUCGGAGCCGGAGGAGCGGGGCUGCAGCGCCUGGUGGCUGGACUCGGGUUCACAUGGCUUCUCCCAGGACCCUGACCGUCGUGGCCCUUUCCUUCGCCCUCGGACUCUUUUUCGUGUUCAUGGGCACCAUUAAGCUCACGCCGAGACUAAGCAAGGAUGCCUACAGUGAAAUGAAACGUGCGUACAAAAGCUAUGCCAAGGCCCUGCCAGGCUUGAAGAAGGUGGGCAUUAGCUCGGUGCUCCUUCGCAAGGUCAUUGGCACGAUGGAAGUGGGCUGUGGCAUUGUCAUGACGCUCGUCCCCGGGAAGCCCAAGGAUGUGGCCAACUUCCUGCUGCUGCUGGUCAUGCUGGUGGUGCUGUUUUUUCACCAGUUGGUUGGCGAUCCACUGAAGCGUUAUGCCCAUGCCCUCGUCUUUGGCAUCCUGCUCACGUGCCGGCUUCUCGUAGCCCGGCAGAAUGAGGAGCAGCUCGACAGGGAGGAGAGCAGGGAGGAGCAGGUCAAUGCUCAGGAGAAAAAUAAAGUUAAAUUGUCUUAGACCGAAACCAUGGAACUGGGCAGCCCUGUGUUUGGAAGUCGUUCUGAAUGAAAAGUAUCCUGGAAAAACACGUUUCCACAAAUAAUGGCUACAUAUCACAAACAACCAGAACCCUCCUUCCUCUAUCAAGCCAGUUAUCAGCACUGCAUAUGUGUUAUUAUUUUUUUUUUUAAUUUCACCUACUUUCCACCCAACUGUGGACGUUUCGUUUUUGCCGCUCCAGAUUUAGUUCAGCUGUCUGACGACAGAGAUUGCAGAAGCCAGAUUUUAAAAGCCAUUUUCUCUGUUUUAAAUGUUUUCAAUCCGCUGUGCAUGUCAAAGUGUUGAACGUGUGAAAGGACAAGGGAUUCAGUUUUAAAUGAAACAUUUCUCUAUGCAGUGUCAUUAGUAGACAUAGAUACAGUAGUAGAAAUGUUCAAAUUACCAUAAUUUGUGUUUUCUUUGUGAUCCCAUUUGUGCUGUGCAUGUAAGAAUGGUUAUUGCAGAGCGAUUGUGCGAGUGAAAUUAUGUUUUAACAAAUUUAUUAAAUUUCUAA